UACCAUAACUGCAACAUUUACACCAACAUCAACACUAUCUAUAAUCCAAAUACAAACACCAGGAUACCUACAAGAUACAAAUGUAAUCAACACAUUUAUAGGAGAAGUAAUAUUCAUAAUAGUAGUAGCAAUAACUACAGCUGUACUAAUCUGUAGAUACAGAAAUAAACAAAACAAACUACAAGUUCAACAACAAGAAUUUGAAAGACAACAAAUAGUUAACAGCAUUAAAGCAAUAUAA